AUGAACUCUUCUAAAUCUCUUGUUCAUGUCGAUCUCUCCUACAACAAUCUUAACUCUUCAAUCUUUCAAUGGCUGUCCAGUACUCAUACCAACCUUGUUUAUCUUGAUCUCUCUGGGAACAAUUUCACCGGUGUUGUUGGUUGGCUGGAAGCAAUUAAUAUGCUUCCUAAACUAUCAAACUUGAUACUAUCAGGGUGUAAUCUUCCUCCUCCAAUUAUGUCCUCUGUUUCUGUUAUGAACUCAUCUAAAUCUCUUGUUCGUGUCGAUCUCUACGACAACAAUCUUGACUCUUCAAUCUUUCAAUGGCUGUCCGGUACUCAUACCAACCUUGUUGAGCUUGAUCUAUCCUGGAACAAUUUAAAUGGUUCAUCAAUUCCUGAUGAUUUCGGAAACAUGAGCUCUCUUGCAUCUCUUUAUCUCUCUGGUAGCAGACUUAAAGGAGGGAUCCCAAAUUCGUUUGCCAAGUUAUGUAGGUUGCGAGUGUUGUACCUUGGGAAUAAUAGCCUUAGCGGACAACUUUCAGACAUUAUUGACAUAUUGUCUAAAUGCGCUCAAAACACAUUAGAGUAUUUGGAUAUCUCUGAUAAUCAUGGCAUCAUGGGUUCAGUGCCUGAAAAUAUUGGACAGAUGUCCAAGUUGGAGGCUAUUGAUUUUGGUGGGAAUUCUUUGGAAGGAGUAAUUUCAGAAAUCCAUUUCUCGAAACUCUUCCGAUUAUAUUAUUUGGAUUUAUCCUCCAGCUCACUAGUUUUAAACUUCCGUUUUGAUUGGGUUCCUCCUUUCCAGUUGGAUACGAUAACAUUGAGGUCUUGUAAGAUGGGGCCGUCUUUCCCAAAAUGGCUUCAAACUCAAAAAAGUGUUUCAUCUCUUGAUAUUUAUGAUAAUGGAAUUACUGAUACCAUUCCCAGUUGGCUUUGGGAUUUUUCACAUGGAUUAUACUUUAUGGAUCUCUCUCAGAAUCAAAUUAGAGGAACAAUUGGAAAUUUGAGAUCGGAGUUCCCACCUAAGCUAAAUGAGUUAGAAUCUCUUGAUUUAUCAAAAAACCAGAUAAAUGGCAAAAUUCCAACAAGUCUUUCUUGGAUAGCUAGUCUUGGUAAGUUGAACUUGUCAGAAAACAACUUGUUUGGAAAAAUUCCAAUAGGCACUCAACUCCAAAGCUUUGACUAUGCUUAUGAUGGAAAUCGUCUGCUUUGCGGAGCACCACUCCCAAGGACAUGCCCUGAGGAGGAAAAAGGUCCAAGACAAUCUGUGUUGGUGAACCAAGACAGCCAGGGUGUGCUCAUAACGCAAGGUCAUUACAUCAGCAUGGGACUUGGGUUUGCUGUUGGAUUUUGGGGAGUUUGUGGCACUCUUCUUCUCAACAAGUCAUGCAGAUACACAUACUUCAAUUUCUUGACAUUUUUGAACGAUUGGCUGCACGUGAAGGCAGCAAUCAUCUGUCAAAGGAUGCUUAAUAGAUAA